CGUAUUAAUUAGGAAUAUCUCCACAAUUUUAAACACCAGUUUGUAGCAAUGCGGUCUGCAGAUAUUUCAUAUAAUCUCCAAAAUACCGAAAACAUAAAAAAGUACAGGUGUAGGGUACAACUAAACAAAUUUCAAGGUCGGCCCAACAGAUCGAUAGAAUACCGUGACACUCUCAAUGGUCACAACAUGUGACUUCAUUCAAUUUUGUUGGUCAUUAUGCGGUUAUAGUAAAAAUUGGGUCUUUCAUGUUUUCCACAGAGAUAUUGAUUCUUUGGUAUCCAAUGCGCCUUUCUAUAGCGUCGAUCCAACUCCUGAACCGAACAACAGAGGGAGUUAGCCUUGUAUUUUGGGGAAUGGGGUUGUUUUCGUUCAGCAUCUUGGUGCACUCUGACGAUGGCACGUGAAAUUAUUUUUUUUUCUCAUUGAAAUCAGAAUGUGAAGGACCAUGCAAUGUCAACCAUCAGAAUCAAAUCGAAUGUCAAACAGAUGCUCGUAGUUAUAGUCAUUGUUGUGUUCUUCGUAACCCUGAUAUUCCUCAACUAUGUCCUUUUUUCAACGAGAGCUUUCAUCUACGAGCAGAACAUCAAGAACCAGAUACCACCACCACCAAGUGAAUUUCUUUGGAAUUUUCCUAUAAGCAACGAGAGCUAUUGCAACUUCAAUUAUGGUCUUCCGCAAAAGCUAAACUUUACAGAAGUAGAUUUGCACUUUCCUCCUCAAGAGGGUGCUAAUAGUUCCUAUAGGGUGCUCUACAAUGUAGUCGCCGCUGAUUAUGAGCAAUCUGUGCCAAAAAUAACUUAUGCUACACAUGUUACAGUGGAUUUUGUUCUAUUUAUAUCAGAAAUUGUUAGGUUCUGGGAUGGACCAAUCAGCAUAGCCGCUUUCGUUCCUGCGCAAGACGCACAAAUAUUUUUCCAGAAAUUUUCCCAUUUAUGCUUUUGCUUUGCUGAAAUGUCCAGAGUAUCCAUCCACGUAGUUUUUCCAGUGAACUUCGAGCCAUUCGUAGAAGAAUCUACGAAUACCACACACUUCCAAGACUGUCAAGUGAGAAAUGUAUUUAGAGAUAAAUUCAGAAGAGCAGAACACGAUCUAUUUUAUCCUAUUAAUGUUGGUAGAAAUGUAGCUAGGGAGGCUGCAAACACGCACUUUGUUAUGGUCACUGAUAUAGAACUGAUUCCUUCCGCUAACCUAGCUAGAAGUUUUUUAGAAAUGAUGCAGUUUUUUAGGGGUAUCGAUCCCAUAACGCAGGUUUACGUAGUUCCUACCUUUGAAGUUGAUGUUGGGUAUGAUUUGCCAUUGACUAAGAAGAAUUUGCUCAAUUUAGUUGAUUUGGGAGUGGCUGUCUAUUUUCAUAAGUUUGUGUGUCCACAUUGCCAGAAAUUCCCAGGAAUUGAUUCAUGGUUGAUGAAACAGGACAGAAACAGUGUCGAACCUUUUAUAUCUGUAAAAAGGGAAUAUCCUUUCCACAGAUGGGAACCAAUUUUUAUAGGAACAAAGCAAGAUCCCUUCUAUGACGAAGCCCUUUCUUGGGAAGGUUUGCAAGAUAAAAUGCCCCAGAUGCUUCAGAUGUGCCUUUUAAAUUAUAAAUUCGUUAUAUUGGACAACGCUUUCCUUGUUCAUUGGCCAGGUAUCAAAGGUAGACACAAAAGGACCAAUGACGGCUGGAGAACGCCUUAUAUAAAAAGAAAUUCCGGAAGAUAUGGUCAGAUCCUGAAGCAAAUUUCCAUUAUGUCAGGAGUUUCAACGAAUAAAAAAUGUCGAUUGCAAUAAAACAAAUAAAUAUUUUCUUUCAA